AUGUCGAUGAUCAGGCUUGAAGAAGAAAGAUUUGUAAAGAGGUCUAAGGAGAUAAGAAAGCGCCUUGGUGGGCCUUUGGUUGUUAUGCUGGGGAAGAGCCAAGAUGUUCUUGAGUUUCAGAUAAACUCUGCUCUAUUUAUCUAUCUGCUUGGAUAUGAGUUUCCGGAGACCAUUUUGAUAGUCGAUGACACGUGCACUGUAAUAACGAGUCAAAAGAAGUCUGAAAUUCUUAAGCAGAUAAGCUGCCUGAAUGUCCUUGUGCGUAACAAGGACAACUCGAAUAUGGACGAGAUCUAUAAGGUUCUCAAGGAUUCAUACUAUGUUGUAGGAAGUGAAGAGAUGCAGGGGGAUUUCUGCAAGAAGAUUCUUGAGAGAAUCAAUGCCGAGGACAUUACUGAGAAGGUGGGAGAGAUAUUUUUGGUCAAGGACGACGAAGAGAUCAAAAACUGCAAGGCAUCUGGAAUUGCAGUGUCUGCACUAAUGAAGAAAGGGAUGGAGAUGCUGUGGGAAGGAGCUUUUGAGAAGGCAAAGCUUGAGGAGAUGAUGAGCUCGAAUGUUGAGGGUGUUGACAUGAGCUUGUGCGAAUUUUCGUUUCCUAUAGAAUACACAAGAGAUAGGCUCAGGAUUGGAGUGAGGUACAAUGGAUAUUGUAGCGAGGUAUCAAGAACUAUUGUGAUAAGCAUGGAGGAGGCAUAUAUGACACAAGAGUACAUUCUUGGGCUUAUCCGGCCUGGGGCUGAUUCUGGAUUUGUAUACUCUGAAGCGGAGAAGUACUUUUCGGAAAACGGGUUAGAAUUUGAUGCAGACUUUGUAUAUACAGUCGGGUUGAUGAGCCAGGAGAGAAGCUUCAAAAACUCGUUUAUCUUGAAAAAGGGAUGUGUGUUUGUGAUCAGGCUGAGCAGCGAAACACUUUCUUUGUCGAACACAUUCGUUCUUGAAGAGAAACCUGAGUAUCUAACAUCCGAAGACACAGCUCUUGAUUUUCUAGAUAAGAGAUCGAGAUUUAGAGACAAGACGAAAGAAUAUGAGUUAAACAUGAGAAGGAAAGAGCAUCAAAAAGAAUUGCUCGAUAAGCUUAUUGAGGAAAGGCUCGAGUUUUAUAGAAAUAUUUCUGACGGAGGCAAAGACGAAGAGAGGAAAGAAGUCAGGGUGGUUCCGUAUGCCAAGGAGGGGCUUGUUCCCAGACAGGGAAGGACUGUUGUAGACUUUUCAAGAGAAUCGGUUGUUAUACCUAUUGGAAGCUAUGCUGUUCCAUUUCACAUUUCUAACAUUAAGAGUGUUGCUGUUACCGACGAAAAGUUUCUCCGAAUCAAUUUCAAAGCAGAGUCCAAAGGAAAAGAGGAAGGAGAAGAGGUAGAGUGUGAGCAAGGAGAGAGUCUUCUGAGUGCCAUCAAGUCUAUAAGUAUCCAUGGAAACAACUCUAGAGAUCUGGCUGAGGAGAUAAACAGCCUGAAGAAGGCGCAUUCGACAAAAAAGACUGUGGGAGAAGUGGAAAGCUCUGAGGAGCUAAAGAUUAUCCCAAGGCCUCUCAGCCUCACUGAUGUUUAUAUGAAGACCGACAUGAAAAGCGGAUCGAGGCGCCGGAAGGUUGGAAGCUUGGAACUUCACGAGAAUGGAUUCAGAUUUAAAGAGGAAAAUGUUGUGAUUCUAUUUUCAAAUAUCAGGCAUAUAUUUUUUUCUGAGGGGAAUGUAGAGACGAACUCCAUUCUUCAUUUCCACCUGCUAAAUCCGAUUCUUCUUGGAGGGAAGGUGGUGAAUGUGCAGUUUUACCGAGAGGCUGGAAACGCUAUGGUUUAUGACACGAUGAAGAGGGGAGAUGAGCACAUGGAGUACAUCAUCGAGAAAGAAGAAGAAGACAGGCAGCAAAUGAUAAACAACCAGUUCAGAUCGUUUGUAAACAGCAUUGAGUCUGAAACACACUUCAAGGUCCAGAUACCGAAGGCCGGGUUCUACGGUGUUCCAUUCCGAGAGAAUGUUAUGAUCAAGCAAACCCAUGAGUGUCUUGUGAGCCUUGAUGAGGCACCAUACUUUGUGCUGACUCUGGAGGAUGUUGAGGUGGUCAAUUUUGAAAGGGUUGUAUUGACAGUAAAAACUGUAGAUGUGCUCUUUAUCCUAAAGAACAGAUAUCCUUUAGAUGUGGUUAUGAAGAACAAGUCCCGGCUCCUUGUAAGCAUACUGAGCGUGGAUGUGCAGAGUGUCAACAAGCUCAAAGAGUAUCUUGACUCCAAUAAUGUGCUGUUUAUGGAGACCUCGGCAAGUAUUCGAUGGAACAAUGUUAUUGGAAGCAUAAUGAAGGAUCCCAUUUCGUUUUAUGAGGAUGGCGCAUGGUCAGAGCUCAUGGUUGGAGACAGCGAGGAAAGUUUUGAAGAAUCCGAGGCCGAGGAGAGCGAGGAGUUAAGCUCCAGCGAGACAGAAAACAUUUCUACCGACGAUGAUGUAAGUGAUGUAUCAAGCGAAGAGGAGCUAGAGGAAGACGAAAGUUACUAUGACAGCUCUGAUGAUUAUGAAGAUGAGGAUGAGGAUGAUAGCGAGGAAGAAAGCUAUGACGAGCCUGGGAAGAGAAGAAAGAACUAA